AUGACUUGGUCGUUAUGGCACUUUCAAAGGAAUAGGGAGAGAUUCAAACAUUUGUUAGAUAAGCUGAUACGAAACUCUGUCUCAAGUGGCCAGUACAUCGUUGUUCCAACGUGUUUUCACGAGCAUGCAUUGAGAAGUUUAUUGCUGGAGGGGUUAAGCCACAGAUGCUUUUCCGUAGUUAGGUUCGACGUGUGUAAUGCAAUCCACGUUGAGGACGGUCAGUUCACAGUGUUUUUUAAGGAUACGACAGGGCGAAUCAUAAUGCUUCCCAAGCUAUUGCCUAAUUUUUGUAAAGAUAGUGAGGUUGUGAAAUUGAAAGAACCAUCCUCAGGCGUUUGUCAUCUGUACAAUAACAAACGCAACUCAACAAACUUCACCAUGAUUUUUUUAAAAAGCAUAGAUCAGGAAAAUAGAUACUAUCACAGUUAUCUUGAAAAUUUCAUUUUUCAGGAAACUGUUCAGUGUUAUGAACGUGGCAAACUUUUAGCCGAUAUUAGAAUGAUUUACAAAAAUUUUAUUGAAUCUCUACCAAUCAAAUUCUCGAAUUUAUUCACUGAAUUAUUCUGUCAAGAAAUACUAUGUCAAAAAACUUUACAAUUGAAUGAACAACAUGUCAAUGAAACUAUGAAUAUUUUUCAUAAGAUUAAAGCGAUGUGUGAAACGAACAAAACAUAUAAAAUGGAAGAAAAAGGCAUUGCAAUUAAGCUUAAGGCUAAAUUAAGUGAAGCAUCAAUGAGAGAAUAUUUACUAAGUGAAUUUAAACAUUAUUAUACAAAUCAACGAAAACAUUCUAAAGACAGGUUGGAAAAUAUGAAAAACAACUACAAAUUAUGGAACAAUUCGUUGAAAGUACUUAAUUAUCAUGUUUACAGUCAAAUAUCGAAUGUUCCAAAGUCAAAUAUAUCAAAUUUAGCUGUUAUAUGUUUUAAAUUACAACAGACUGUUGAAAUAUGGGGGUUUCUUGGUGCUUGGUUAAUAGAAUUAUUAAAACUAUAUGAUACAACAAUUUUGAAUCAAAUUGACAAGAUCAUAUGGAAUGAUUGGUAUAUACAUUUUGAAUCUGUAGAAAAAGAUCUAUAUAUUCAUGAUCAAGAAUGUAAACUACAUGUACAAAAACUAGAUUCUAUGUUAAAGAGUCUAGAUACAUACUUUAAACAUGACAGACUGAUGAAUACACAGAACUGUUUAAAUGAUCUAUUAGACUUACUGUCAAAUUUAUUAGAAGUCAGCAAUGAGUGUCUAGAUUUAUUCAAUGGAGAGCGUGUAUUAAAUAUUGAAGAAAAACUUGUAACAAUUGACCAUAUCCAAAAUUACUGGUUUGAAAUGUUUUAUCAGUCGUCUCAUUGUGACGAAUUAAUGCUUGAAGACUCUACAAAUUAUGAAAAAGAAAUAACUAUACAAUUACAAAAAGAGCUUACAAAUAUGAUCGCUAGUCGUCGAAUUCAAUUACAUGGUGAGAAUGGAAUUGUACAACUUUUAACUAAAGUUAUUAGAAAUAUUGAAGAUUUUAUUCGAUUUAUUCAAUUCAAUACUGAAAACUAUGUAAAUAAUAAAAAUUCAAAAACCCAUUCACCUUUAAGAUUAAAUAAUCAAAGUAAAAUUACUACGAACGAAUUAGAAUUACAAUGUAAAAAUCUUUGCCAACAAUAUGAUUAUUGGAUGGUAACUAUUAAAAAUAUACUUCAUUGUAAAUGGCAAAUAUAUGACAAUGAAUUACCAUCAAAACAAAUUAGUAGACCUCAUUCAAUUGAUGAAACAUGUACAGUUGCAUUUGAUGAAUGGAAUCAAAUUAAUGAUAAUAAAAGGAGUUUAUUUAAAUGUCAACAAAAUCUAAUUAAAUGGUUGGAAUUAAUCAAGAACAGGGUGAAUAGUAUUAGUGAAAUGAGAAAUGAACAAAUACUAUUGGAACAAAUUAAUAUAAUACAACAAUUGAAUAAACAAAUUACAAAUAACAAUACCGAUGAUGUAAAUGGUCAGCGAAAUUUGCCUGUUGGAAAUAAUUCAAGUAUACAGAAUGAUCAAUUAAAUAAACAAAAUCCUAAAUUGAAAAAGAAUAGUUUCUAUGAAUUGACAAAAUCAUUGUUUAAAUUAGGUUCACGAGUGAUUAAACAUUUAGAUCAAAAAAAUAUCUGUAUUUCUUAUGAUCACAAAACAAUGUUAUCCCGACUGAAUUCUUUCAAAUUAUAUGCGGAGAGAUGGAUUGAAUACUUGAAUAUAAUAGAAAAUUUUAACGAUACACAAACAUUUAAAAAUGUGAAGGAUUAUUUAAAUGUUCAUUCAGGAUCUAGAAAAUUUAUAGGCGUAUACAACCAGAGUAUUAUACGAUAUUUACAAUCAACCGAUGGAACUAUAAGAGAACAUUUAUUAGCUAAUACAAUUGAUGGUCAAUCAGUUCAAAAUAAUGAUGAUACAGAAUUCAUGAUUCAAUUAUCAAAUCAUUAUUUAAUGAAUACAAAAUUGGCAUAUUUAACUUUAUUAAAACAAAAUGAAUUAUCUGAAUUACUUAAUAAAACUGAAAUGACAACAAUGGAAUUUGAUAAAGAAACAACAAUUGUAGAACAACAAUGGAUACAUUUGUGUAACACUAUUGAAUCUUUACAAUAUCAAUUUGAUAUGAAACAAAAUGAAUUAAAAAGAUUAAAAGAUAUAUUACAGAUCAAAAUGGAAGUAUUAAGUGAAUAA